UGCAGCAUAUGUAGAACUGCUUGCAGAUAUUUGUUCCUAUCUGAGAAUGUUUGGAGUUUCCAGAAGCAGCAGCAUGAACUACAAGUUGCCUUCUUUAAACGUUAUUUGUUGAAAACCCAGAAAGAACUACAAGAGGCUCUGCACAAGACUACCAAUCUAGAGAAUGAGGUGAAAGCUAUGAAGAGGGAAAAUACAGAGCUUAAGUCUCUGGUCAGUAUCCUAAAGGGUUCUCUGAACAGGUCACAAAAUAGCAGUAGAUCCUGCACACCUCGACCUGUGGCAAUCACUUCUCCCUCUCAAAUUGUCACUCCUCGACAUAGUUCUCAACAGAGUAGCCAAGUUGUAAGUCGUUCAUCACCCAUGGAUUCAAUAUCUCACAUAGAAUCUCGCUCUGGAGGAUUUAGUCAAUCCGCAUCAUCAUAUGGGAUACUGGAUAGGAGCACUCCUUUAACCUCAAAUCAAGAAUCUCCAAUGUCUGUACAGAGUGUGCACUAUUGUGCACCUUCUACAGUGAAUUAUCCUUUCUUGGGAGAAGAGCCAAAUGUGUCUAGAGAACAAAUGCAAACUUCGUCUAACAGUAAUACUCCCCGAAUAUAUUCAGAAUCCAACAACACUCCAGCUAGCAAUGCUGGCCGCCUCAGGUCUCUCCAGCUCGUAUUCACCCCAAGGACUCCACGCACUUAUCAAUCCGCAGUGUAAGUGAUGAAAUAACAGUGUUUUUACAUGUUUUGAAGACACUUCAAUCAAAUACAUCA